CAGGCUAGCAAUGAAGGAACAUCUCUGCACGCUGCUGCUGUGGCUUCUUCUCCUGCCAGUUGAGGACACAGCAGGUUAUGAGGAGCUGAGGCUGGCGAAUGGAGGCAGCCCCUGUGCCGGGAGAGUGGAGAUUAAACACCAGCAUCAGUGGGGAACAGUGUGUGAUGGAGGCUGGGACAGUAUGAACAAUGCUGCGGUUGUCUGUAAGCAGUUGGGAUGCGGAGCUGCUGUCAGCAUCCAUCAUAAUGCUCAUUUUGGGCCAGGAUCUGGUCAAAUUUGGCUGGGAUAUGUUUCCUGUCGUGGUACCGAAUCUGCUCUCUGGGAAUGUCAUAAAUUUGAAGAGGGUGAGCGAUACUGUGAUCACAGCCUGGUGCCUGGAGUGACGUGUUCAGGGCACAUUAAGCCCCGGCUGGUUGCAGGGCACAGUGACUGCUCAGGACGUGUGGAGAUAAGAGAUGGAGAAUUAUGGGCCACAGUCUGUGAUGUGCACUUUGAUCUCAAAGCUGCCAGUGUCAUCUGUACCGAACUGCAGUGUGGAACGGUUCUGUCUGUCCGAGGGGGAGCUCACUUUGGAGAAGGACGUGGACCGGUCUGGACUGAAGCAUUCCAGUGUGAAGGGACUGAGUCCCACCACGCGUACUGUCCUAGGGUGUCACACGGCAGCCAGACAUGCUCACACAGAAAUGAUGUCGGAGUCAUAUGCUCACGGCACACAGGGUUAGGACUGGUGAACGGCAGCACAACCUGCUCUGGGAGGGUGGAGAUCCAGGAGUUUGGUGCCUGGGGAACCCUCUGUGAUUCGCGCUGGGAUCUCUCAGACGCCAACGUUCUCUGUCGUCAGCUCGACUGCGGAUUCGCUGUGUCGGUGCCAGGAGGAGGGCACUUUGGGAAGGGAACCGGCCCUGUCUGGGCAGACACAUUUCACUGUGAAGGGACUGAACCUCAUUUGGGGUACUGCCCUGUCACUGCCCUGGGGGCCUCUCCGUGCUCACACGACAAUGAUGCCGGUGUGGUUUGCUCAGGUCCCCAGCACCGCCCUACGACCAACAGUGGGAGAGUCAUGGUACCCGUGGUCGUCUGCAUUGUCCUGGGGACCCUGCUCUGCCUGGUCUUAAUCAUCCUGGGUGUGCAGGUGCGACGUGCCAGGGCUCAGCGCAGAGGCUCCAGAAGAUCCUCGGACCCUUUCUCUGAGGCGGUGUACGAGGAGAUUGACUAUGACCUGAUGAGGAAGGUGCAGCUGUUCGGUCGCUCAGGCUCCUAUUCAGAUGAGUCCAUGAGGAAGCUGCCGUAUUACACCGGGGACAGCGAGGGGGAAAACGAUGCUGGAUCAGAGCAAGGGUCCCAGCUGGAUUCUGAUAAUGUGAAGGAACCAGCAUCGAGCGACACCCCCCGGACUGCAGGCGGUCAAGAGGUCCCUGCUCUCCCUGGAGGUGCCCCAGGGGAUGGCUAUGAUGAUGCCAGAGAAACUUCUGAUGCUGAAGAUGACCCUGAUUCGAGACCAAGUGGCCAGGAAGUCAUUGGGGUCCAUGGGGACAGUGACAGGGCCAGGUGUUCACAGACAGCCUGGAGUCUGCGCUCGCCCAGACGCGAAGGGGCCUCUGAGGUGAAGAGCGACGCCCCGGCCCCGGCUCCUGGUGACGCGGGCUAUGACGAUGUUGGAGACGGUGUCUCUGGAACAGCCACAUAGGAACAGCUGAGCCCAGAGCAAAGCUCCUGUGAGCAUGUAACUGCUGUAGGAUUAGACUCUGCCUCCCCCGCACGUUCAUGGGCCAACGGGCGUCAGACAGACCCUGCCUGGAACUGCUUCAAUCCGCUUUUUUAUCGCAAUUUUGUAUAAUCCAAGGAGCAGAGCGACUGAGCAGGGUCUGUGAUUUCCUCUGUAACUUCCCAUCGCUCAGCGUCGCGGGGCCUUUGCUGCCUUUUUGUUCCUAACACGGCUCCACUGGCAACUUUUGCCCUUUCUCAUUAAAGCCUUUUGGAAGGUC